GAUGAUGAGGACGAUGAUGAUGAGGACGAUGAAGAGAGGUGGAGGUCGGAAGAAGCCUGUAAUUUGAGCUUCUUCUCUUUGCACGCGCAGGCCCUGCGACGGAGGAUCUCAUCACCAAACAAAAUAAACUCAUUAUUUACAGACACAAAACAAAUUCAAAUAGAAAGAGAGAGAAAAAAAAAAUGUCAGCUUUUGCUUUUCCAAAAGCACUUUUCUUUUUGAACGGUUUUGGUGGAAUGACUGUCUCCGACAAUGCUUCUUUUCUGAUACAAAGCCAGCCAGCAUCUGUAAAUCCCCACUUUCCUUCCCAACAUUUCAAAACUGAGACAGAAUUUUGAAAUGAACGAAUCCAGAAUUUUAAAGACAGAAGAAAAAAAGCAAAACCAGAUUCACGAAAAGAUGAAUGGAAUAGCCAACUCCAUUAUCAUCACCUUCGAGCUCCAUAGCCUCCUUGAGAUUCUCACAUUCUCUAACUUUCUGACUUUCAAUGCCUUGAUUUGUUCAUUCUGAACUCUUGAAUGAUAUGAAAUUGGGUGAAUGAAUUUUCAUAUGGGUUUUACUGACUAAUUUUUACUGGGUUAUCCCCUUUUUUGAUCUCUCAGAGUGGUUCAUUCUUCAUCAGCUUGGGAAAAAAAUGAGCUUUUUACAUGAUAAUGGGUGAAUUUACAUUUGGUUUCACUGACCCAUGAAUCAAAAUCGUGUAAUUUUAACUGGGCCGUCUUUAGGAAAGGAAAAGAAUGUGGUUUUGGAGGAUUUAUCAAGAGCUUAGAUUUCUUCUUCCAGCUUGCAGUUUUUGAAAAAAAAAAAAAAAGGAGCUUUUGAAUGGUUUUGAUUCACCGCUUUCAAUAUCCUUUAGUUUGUGUACUUGUUUUACAAGAUGAAUAAUAUUAUGUUAAGGGAAUUUUCGAUUCACAUGGCACCAUUUUAAAAGCAUAGGACAAGAUUAAAGGUAAAAUAAUGCCCAAUCUCUGUUCUCUUUUUGUUUAUUUUAAUCUUGAACUUACGUGGAUUUGGUUUGUUUUGUUUGAUGCUUUUUAAGGCUCUCCAUAUUAUAUUCUUCAAAACUUACUGUCUCAAACGACAAGCAUGCUUUGUUAGUGACUCUGCUCACUGCCACCAAAAGCAAACUGCCCCUUUACCUCCAUUUUUGGUUAAUGGGGGAUUUCUGGCAUAAAAACCACAAAAAUUGGUUGUGAUUUGAAGAUUUCCUUAUUAAACAGCCAGACCCCCUCUUUCCUUGGUUUUGUUCUUCUUCAACCAGCUUAGCCCAGCCCCCAUUUGCAAUAGCUCCAAGCCUUCUGCUUGGCUUGUGUCUGGUUUUUAGUACAUGAGCAUUUACUGGGAAUGAAGAGAACUGAGGCUACUGCUUCCUGUCUUGUGGCUUCUUUAUUGUUUUGGGCUUCUGCAAUAAAUGGCUUGCUAUCUCCCAAAGGUGUUAACUAUGAAGUUCAAGCUCUGAUGGGUAUUAAAGCUUCACUUCAAGAUCCCCAUGGCGUGCUUGAGAAUUGGGAUGGAGACUCUGUUGACCCAUGUAGUUGGACUAUGGUUACUUGCUCCCCUGACAGCCUUGUCAUUGGCCUAGGGACUCCAAGUCAGAACCUGUCUGGGACUCUUUCUUCAAGCAUUGGGAAUUUGACAAACCUUCAAAUUGUGCUGUUGCAGAACAACAAUAUUACAGGCCCAAUCCCCCCAGAGCUUGAGAGGCUCUCAAAGCUCCAAACACUUGAUCUAUCAAGCAAUUUCUUCACAGGGAAAAUUCCUUCUUCUCUAGGCCAUUUGAGAAGCCUACAGUACUUGAGGCUUAACAACAACAGUCUUUCUGGGGUAAUUCCAAUGUCUGUAGCUAACAUGACACAGCUUGUGUUUCUCGAUGUGUCUUAUAAUAAUAUCAGUGGCCCUCUCCCCAGAUUUCCCAGCAAAACGUUCAACAUUGUUGGAAAUCCUCUGAUCUGUGCAACUGGGUCCGAGGUCAGUUGCCACGGUUCAACUCUAAUGCCCAUGUCCAUGAACUUGAACAGUACACAAACUGGUUUACCUGCUGUGAGAUUGAAAAGUCAUAAAAUGGCCCUUACAUUUGGCUUGAGCCUAGCUUGCCUAUGUCUGAUUGUUCUUGUAUUUGGACUGUUCAUAUGGUGGCGAAGACGAAGCAAUCGCCCGACGUUUUUCGAUGUAAAAGACGGACAACAUGAGGAAAUUUCGCUUGGAAAUCUGAGAAGGUUCCAAUUUAGACAACUUCAGAUAGCAACAAACAACUUCAGCAGCAAGAACAUACUAGGAAAGGGAGGUUUUGGAAAUGUUUACAAAGGACUUCUUUCAGAUGGAACGGUUGUAGCUGUUAAAAGGCUCAAAGAUGGCAAUGCAAGUAGAGGUGAUAUCCAAUUUCAGACUGAAGUCGAGAUGAUCAGCCUAGCCGUGCACCGUCAUCUCCUCCGACUGUACGGGUUUUGCAACACACCAACCGAAAGGAUUCUUGUUUACCCGUAUAUGUCUAAUGGAAGCGUUGCAUCACGUCUCAAAGGAAAACCGGUAUUAGACUGGGGAACAAGGAAGAGAAUUGCUAUAGGAGCUUCAAGGGGAUUGUUAUACCUCCAUGAACAAUGUGACCCAAAGAUCAUACAUAGAGACGUUAAGGCUGCAAACAUAUUGCUCGACGACUACUGCGAGGCUGUCGUUGGAGAUUUCGGGUUGGCAAAGCUUCUCGACCACCAAGAUUCACAUGUCACAACUGCUGUGAGAGGCACCGUGGGUCAUAUAGCUCCCGAGUAUCUCUCCACUGGGCAGUCAUCCGAGAAAACAGACGUUUUUGGAUUUGGAAUUCUACUCCUUGAACUGAUCACAGGGCAGAAAGCCCUUGAGUUUGGCAAAGCAGCUAAUCAGAAAGGAGGCAUUCUUGAAUGGGUGAAGAAGAUUCACCAGGAGAAGAAGCUGGAAGUGCUAGUGGACAAGGAUCUGAAAGCCAACUAUGACAGAGUUGAGCUAGAGGAGAUGGUUCAAGUGGCUCUGUUGUGUACACAAUACCAACCAGGACACAGACCAAAGAUGUCAGAAGUUGUCAGAAUGCUUGAAGGAGAAGGGCUUGCUGUCAGAUGGGAAGCUUCUCAGAGAGUUGACUCAACAAAGUGCAAACCUCAUGAUUUCUCUUCAUCUGACAGAUACUCUGAUCUCACAGAUGACUCAUCCUUGUUGGUCCAAGCCAUGGAGCUCUCUGGUCCAAGGUGAAAAUCCCUUCUUCUUUCUUUAUCAGUUCUUGAAGAGUUUAGUAUUAUGAGAAAAUUUUCACAGAUUAAGCUUUUGAAAAAGUUUGUUGUAUCAUAUUAGAGCGUUGAAGCUCCACAACGGUUUUGUUAUUCUCUCGUUCUCUAAUUGUAUAGAUCCGCUUGAUAACGAUUUUGUUUUAGUUCUCUGUUUAGGAAAAUUAAGCUAUGCUCUCUUUGUUUAGUUUUUCUCACUUUCUGAGCGUUUUUGAAAGCUUAGCCAAGUUUCAAAGACAGUUUUUUCGAGCUCUCUUUUCAAAAAGAUUUGGCUACGAUUUCAAAAACGACUACUAAACGAGCAUAAUUUUCAAAAACAGAAAACAAAAAAACAAGAACGUUAUCAAAUGGAUUGUCGGUUUAUGGGUGUUUUUGGAUAGAAUUCUAAGUUAUGAUAAUAUUCAAGUGUUGGUACAA